AUCUGGGGGGUCAGUUUAGUCAAACGCUCAUCCACCUUAAAUCCCGCAUUAACAGAAUUAACGCAGUCAUCUACUUGAGGAGUGUGUUUCCCCCGACCCUCCUUAUCUCUUCCUGUCUUACCGUCGAGACAGACACUCCGGCAUCGUCUGCCAACAUAGGCUUCUCAUUUGCCUUUAACAUCAAAAGAAGAAGACAUCAAGCCAGGGAGCACAAUUACAUUUUGGGAAAAAGAAGAGAGUCUUUGGCAGAGGAGAAGAAAACCUCCGAAGGGCUCAGGUGGCAAAUACUUGCCAGGGAGUUUGACAGAAUUAAGACACUGAAGAGCAACUACCAUGGGAAAUAGCACCAGUAGCGCACUAUCCAAGGAGAUCCUGGAGGACCUGAAGCUCACCACCAAGUUCACCGAGAAUGAAAUCAGUCAGUGGUACGAGAACUUUCAGAAGCAGUGUCCAACGGGACGUAUUACACCAGAGGAGUUUGAGGAGAUCUACACCCGCUUCUUCCCUGACAGCGAUGCCAAGAGCUACGCACGGCAUGUGUUCCGCUCCUUUGACACCAACGACGACGGCACUUUGGACUUCAAGGAGUACAUCAUUGCUCUGCACAUGACCUCCACUGGGAAGACAACCAGAAAGCUGGAGUGGGCUUUCUCUCUGUUUGAUGUGGACAAGAACGGAUACAUCAACAAGACAGAAGUGACGGAGAUCUGCCAGGCCAUAUUUAAGCUGAUCCCCAAGGAGGAGCAGCGCAAGCUACCAGAGGAUGAGAACACACCCGAGAAGAGAGCCAACAAGCUGUGGGCUUACUUUGAAAAGAAAGACAAUGAGCGACUGGCUGAAGGAGAGUUCAUCAAAGGAGUGAUUGAAAAUGAGAAUGCGAUGCGUCUUAUCCACUAUCAACCAAUGUCACAAUAAAGUAACUCCUGUUUAUACGCGUCUUACCUCUGUCCUUUCCUUUAAACUUCUAUUUUGCCCUCUUCCCUCUCGGUGUAUAUAUUCAUUCAUGCAGUGUCUUUAUUGUAAUCAAGUUCUCGGUUAAGUUUUUCGCUUUCUUUGUUUUUCCGUUUGUUCAUUAAUUUUUAUCAAAUACAGGCCGUUAGAGGCAAACAUAGCAAAGUAGCAAUACAUACACAGCCAAAACUAUUUAUAGUGACUGUAUAAAUAUAUGUAUAUUGUUCCACUGUUAACCUUUACAUGGCUCAAAUAAAAAUUCAUCUACAGAGAAACGUAAUGAUCGUUUUAAAAGUAUGAAACAUGCUAGCUUGUUAUGUUUUUUUUUACAUAAUUCGAAAUGUCUUAAUUAGGGUUGUAGCUCUCGAGUGUUGUACUUCGUUCAAUGUACAAUAAAGUAUAAGUUUUCUCAUA